UUUGUGCUGAUUCUGGAGCAGGAGGAGAGUGGAGUCCGAGCGAUCAGCGGUGUCUCUUCCCUCUUCCCCGGGUCCUCUCUAAACUCCCUCCCGAACCUCUCCCCUUCUACCCUAACACCCUACCCACCCCCCGAACGCUCUCUACGGGACGCGAAAGCUACCAGUGACCAAAGACAUAUUUCGUCGGCCAGUACAGUGUCUACUAUGGAAUCCAGUCUGGUUGAAGGGGGACUUAAUGUCACCUUAACUAUCAGGCUUCUUAUGCAUGGGAAGGAGGUUGGAAGCAUCAUUGGCAAAAAAGGAGAGUCGGUGAAGAAGAUGAGAGAGGAGAGUGGAGCUCGCAUCAAUAUCUCAGAGGGCAACUGUCCCGAGAGGAUCAUAACACUCGCAGGGCCCACCACCUCCAUUUUCAAAGCCUUCUCCAUGAUCAUCGAGAAACUAGAGGAGGACAUAAGCAACUCUAUGUCAAACAGUACGGCCACCAGCAAGCCUCCCGUCACCAUGCGCCUCGUCGUGCCGGCCAGUCAGUGCGGCUCUCUUAUUGGGAAAGGAGGCUGCAAGAUCAAGGAGAUCAGAGAGUCGGCCGGAGCUCAGGUACAAGUAGCAGGGGACAUGUUGCCCAACUCCACAGAGCGUGCCAUCACUGUCGCAGGGACCCCACAGUCCAUCAUCGAGUGUGUCAAACAGAUCUGUGUCGUUAUGCUAGAGUCCCCACCAAAAGGUGUGACUAUCCCAUACAGACCCAAACCCUCAGGCUCUCCUGUCAUCUUCGCAGGUGGUCAGGCUUACGCUGUCCAAGGGCAGCACGCCAUUCCACAGCCUGAUGUAAGUGAAGGGCCCUCUCUCACCAAACUUCACCAGCUGGCCAUGCAGCAGAGCCCCUUUCCCAUUGCACACGGCAACCAGUGCUUCCAGGCUGGGAUGGAUGCCUCUGCACAGACGGGCUCUCAUGAGCUAACCAUUCCAAACGAUCUCAUUGGAUGCAUCAUUGGACGCCAAGGGGCAAAGAUCAACGAGAUCCGUCAGAUGUCGGGUGCUCAGAUCAAGAUUGCCAACCCAGUGGAGGGCUCUACCGAUCGCCAGGUCACCAUCACGGGCUCCCACGCCAGCAUCAGCCUGGCCGAGUACCUCAUCAAUGCCCGGCUGUCCUCAGAAGCCACUGGACUGGCAGCCAACUAACGCGGAGGUCUCAUCUGCACCUGACUCCCCCCUCUCCUUUUUACCGAAGCCCCACACUCGAUUAAUGCAAAAACCAAGUAAACUCACUGUUCUCUUUGCUUUGGAUACAUGUAAUCACAUCCUUCUCGCAUCAGAAUAUGGAUAUUUUAUUUAUUUAUUUUUCAAAUUACUUUCCAUUUAGUUUCCAGAAAUAUCCUUCCUAAUGUGUUCUCAUAUUUUGCUGUAUAUCUGUAUGAUCUUUAUAAUAGGUAAAGUUUUAGAAAAAUCUGAAAAUAAUGUUUUUUAUGUCAGAUUUUUCUUAGAAAAUGUAAAAAAUGAAGAAAAAACUCACAAUAACAUUGAUAGACUGUUCUUUCCUUUAACUAAAUAUUUAUUUUAUUUAAUACACAACGUCUACACAGUAAGAGUGCAUUGAUAUUUGCCACCUAUUUGGAACAGUACUUUUGAAUAUGGCAUUGGGGGAAGGCGCUAGCAGGUGUAUGAUUUUUCCAGUUGAAGUUGUAUGCGGGUAGAAAUCUCAUGUUGAAGGCAAUUUAACUUGUGUUUGGUGGAGUUUUAAGGAGAAAUAAUUAAGCAACUUUUUUGUCACACCUCUAAUCUGCAAAGUAAUUGUUUUGUGUCAUUCCUGUUUCCACCUUGUUUUUUAUUGAUCAGGACUUUUGAGUGUUGUUGUUGUAUUGGAUCAUUUUGAGCGGACCGCGCGUCAGCAGGAGGUCCCGAGUGAGAGGAAGCAUUUUGUUUUUCAGCAAUUACAAGACCACAAUAAUGAUGAAAAUAACAUUGAAAUGUUUGUUUUAAAUAGAGAAAAUAUUUUUUUUAACUGCAGGGUUUGGGGAAUGCUACCGGGGCAGAACUUCAACAUAUUGGUCUUUAUAAAUAUAUUAUGCUGAGGAAUUAAAUUAAGAUAAACUAGAAUGAGAAAUAUAGAAAUAACACUAGUUUCCUGCUAUCUGUUUUUGCUUGGGUCAGAUUUUAUUUUUUAUUAUUCUUUGCAGGAUGAAGAAACACGUUUUUUGUGCACGUUUUCAAAACUAUUGUAGAUCUGGGUGCAAAUGAAUUGUUGAAGAAUUGAAAUGCAGAAAUAAAAAAAAUAUGUGAAAUGCUGAAA